GAAUCUGAACCUGAUGAUCAGCCUGAUAAUGAUAUUGCUGAUGAAAGGGUACAUAAAAAGAAGCGGCUAAUAUUUCCCGGGAAGAAAUUGCCAAAGCCGAAGAAGAGUAAAAAGAAGCAGAAGGUUUUGUCUAAGUUGGAACGUUCUCCCAAUGAUGAUGAUGAUGAUGACGAUGAGGACAAUGACGAUGAUGAUGAUGAUAAACCAGAGAAGGAGCCAGUUCCUGAGGAACACCAUGAUACACGCGAUGAUGGAGGGGAAAAGAUAAUCAGGAAGUCCACUAGAACUGCCGUGAUUGUUCGGCAGGCAGAGAGAGAUGCCAUACGUGCUCUGCAAGCAUCCAUGAAGCCACAGACAGUAAAAAAAAAGAAGGAAGGUGAGGAGAAGAGAAUGACACAAGAGGAAAUGCUUUUAGAAGCUGCUCAAACAGAAAUUAUGAACCUGAGAAAUUUGGAGCGUGUUUUAGCUAGGGAGGAAGAAGUUAAGAGAAAAGCAAUUGUGCAUAAAACUGUCUAUAAUGGACCACAGAUACGAUACAUUUCAAAGGAUGGUUAUACAUAUUUAGAGUUCAUUAAGGGAUCCUCAUUUCACUCUGAUAUUGCCACGACACCUGUACAAUAUCCAGAGCAACCUCUUUGUGCAAUUACUGGUUUGCCUGCCAAGUACCGUGAUCCAAAGACAGGGCUGCCAUAUGCCACUAAAGAAGCUUUUAAAGAAAUCCGACAACGGUUUGCGGAGGAAAAUGCUAACAAUAGAAAGCAAAUGGCCAUGGGGAUCUUGUAUGAUUCAGUUUCUGGUUGUGGUUUUUCGCUUAAGCAGAAGAGAUCAAUGGUGCCAGACAAAAGUGUACAUACAAAUUUUAGGCCAUAUGCCCGCUUCCGAAGAAUGCCUGCUUCCGAAGACGAAGAUUCUGACUAGCUUCUUUGUUCUACUUCAUGUAUCUGGCUGGACCUUGGAUUGGCUCAAUUAUAGUACCCCAGGAUUUAAGGUCUGGCUCAGUUUGCAAAGAACAAUGUACCUUUUGACACUCUUCUCUCCAUAGCAUACUCCUGUCUGAUAAGAUAUAUGAUAGAUAAGAAAUUCCUUUCACACUUUGUCAUAUACAUCUUUGGGAUAAGCAUUAAGUGUCGCGGUGAUAGGUUUUCAUGGCUUUAUGAAAUAGAGAAAAAAAAA